GGGACUUGCCACAGCAGCAUCUGCAAUGUCUUCAGCACCAGGAAAGUUAUCCCGUGAGGAGUUCCGUCGCCAAAAGGACCUCGAUGCCGCUCGUAAAGCCGGAACAGCACCGGCAGCUCUUGAUGAAGAGGGCAAACCCAUCAACCCCCAUAUCCCUCAAUACAUCUCGCAGGUACCGUGGUAUGCGGAUACGGGUGCUCCUACUCUCGCGCAUCAGCGGCGCCAAGCGGACGACCGCUCGGCAAACAAGCUCGAUGGCUGGUAUGACCGUGGCGCGAAAGCUGGGCCAGCUGCCAAGAAAUACCGCAAGGGCGCCUGCGAGAACUGCGGCGCCAUGACGCAUAAAAAGGCGGAUUGCCUGGAGCGCCCGCGCAAGAAGGGCGCGCGCUGGACGAACAAGGACAUUGCUCCGGACGAGGUUAUCCAGGAGGUGGAGCCGGGAUACGAUGCGAAGCGGGACCGGUGGAACGGGUACGAUCCGAGCGCGUACACGAAGGUGUACGAGGAGUACAACGCUAUGGAAGCGGCGCGGCAGAAGGUGCGGGAGGAGGAGAUUGACAAGCAGACGACGACGGACCUGGCAGCGGUGAGGAAGGUGGCGAAGGCGGGGAAGGGUGACAAGGAGAAAGAAGGAGAUGAUGAAUUCGGGAGCAGUGAUGACGAGGAUGAAGACGAAGAUAAAUAUGCGGAUGCGGCAGAUGCGGUCGGGCAAAAGCUGGAUACCAAAACACGUAUCACAGUCCGAAACCUGCGUAUACGAGAAGAUACGGCCAAGUAUCUGCUCAACCUCGACCCGGAAUCCGCCUACUAUGACCCGAAGACGAGGUCCAUGCGUGAUAACCCACUCAAGCACCUUCCCCCUGAAGAGGCGAAAUUUGCAGGUGACAACUUCCUCCGUUAUUCUGGUGACGCUCCAGAGGUUCAGAAGCUGCAGCUAUUCGCAUGGAAUUCCGAACAACGCGGCUCCGAUGUACAUCUCCAGGCCAACCCUACCGCGGGCGAGCUCCUUCAUCACGAGUACAAACAGAAGAAGGACACGCUGAAAGACAAGAACAAGGUCAGCAUCCUGAGCAAAUACGGCGGUGCGGAAUACCUCGAGGCCGCACCGAAGGAGCUCCGACAAGGGCAGACGGAGGAAUACGUCGAGUACAGCAGGACUGGGCAGGUGGUCAAGGGGCGCGAGAGGAUAAAAGCCAAGAGCAAGUAUGCCGAGGAUGUGUACAUCAAUAACCAUACCGCCGUGUGGGGCUCAUGGUACGACAUAUCUUCUGGGACUUGGGGCUAUGCAUGCUGUCAUUCGACCGUGCAUGCGUCUUAUUGUGCUGGCCAAGCUGGUAUAGAAGCCACUCGUGCUUCUACGGCUCAACAUCUACUCUCCAAUGCUCCCGCCUCAUCAUCACCACCUCCUCGGGCUAAACCUCUCAUCGACGAUCAACCAUCGUCGUCAUCCAAGGAUAUCGGCAAAGACGCCGAGGAUCGCCGGAGACGGGCUGAGGCCGCCUUUUCGAGCAAGAAGAGGUUGGGAGAGGGGGAGCUCGAAUUCGAUCGCGAGAAGCUGUCGCGGGCGAUCAAUGAGGAGAAGAAGCGAAAGGGCAGGGAUACAGACGGGGACGAGAGAGAGGGGAAGCGGAAGAAGGAUACUACCGAGGUUUCCGAGGAGGAUUUGGAAGCAUACAGGAUGACCAGGAGGAUGACGGAGGAUCCGAUGGCCAACUAUGUGGACACCGAUUACUGAUAUGGUAUUAUCCUACUGCGUGUCCGGUAGUUUCAUUUUGUCGCGGCAAUGCCAUCUGUAGGUCCCAGGCGGGGUCCUGGCCGUUGUACUACUUACCUUGCUUUCAUAAAAAAAACACUGUAGCGAC